AUGAUUUCCAGCACAAGUAAGAAUGAGCUAGUAGAUUGGUGGCAAAAGCAGCAAGUUAAGAAACAGAAUUCAGAGAUUUCACUGCUCAAUAUCAAGAGAAGGUGGAGAAAAGUAAAAGUAUUGUGUAUCACAAGCAACGGGCCCCAGCUACUGAAGCAACAUAUGCAAGAAUUCAGGCUAUCCCAAAAUAAACCCAUAGAGAAAGACUUUACAAAGAAUGAGCCUGACCCAUCAGCUUAA